CGUUGCCCUCGUCCAACAUGGCGGUCUUCCGGCCCGCCCCCUUCACUUCCUCUGCUCCGGGAUUCCAGCAACUCGGUCGCAAUGGCGGUGGCGGCGGUGACUUUUCGCACUCUCCGAUAUCUACUGGCAAGACGACUGACAACCCCCACCCCACUCGGCCUUAGCUGUCGCCCUUUGAGUUCUGCGGUGCCAGAGGAGGCUGCCUCCAGAGCGGCUCCCAGUGAAGCCCCAGGCCACAGCUAUGAGUCCCUCAAAGUGACAUCUUCCAUGAAGCAUAUUCUGCACGUGCAGCUGAACCGACCCGAGAAGAGAAAUGCCAUGAACAAAGCCUUCUGGAGGGAGAUGGUGGAGUGCUUCAACAAGAUAGCCCAAGAUGCUGACUGCAGGGCCGUGGUGAUCUCUGGCGAGGGAAAAAUUUUCACAGCAGGUAUCGACCUCAUGGAUAUGGCUUCGGAUCUCCUUCAACCCCGCGGAGAUGAUGUGGCCCGCAUCAGCUGGUAUUUGCGUGACCUCAUCAGCAGAUACCAAGAGACCUUCAGCGUCAUCGAAAAGUGUCCUAAGCCUGUGAUUGCCGCGAUCCACGGUGGCUGCAUUGGUGGAGGUGUGGACCUCAUCACCGCCUGUGACAUCCGGUACUGUGCCCAGGAUGCUUUCUUCCAGGUCAAGGAGGUGGAUGUGGGUUUGGCUGCUGACGUGGGAACUCUUCAGAGACUGCCCAAGAUCGUUGGGAACCAGAGCCUGGUCAACGAGCUGGCCUUCACCUCCCGCAAGAUGAUGGCUGACGAGGCCCUGGGUUGUGGACUGGUCAGCCGGGUGUUCCCAGACAGGGAAACGAUGCUUGAUGCCGCCUUUGCCCUGGCAGCCGAGAUCGCCAGCAAGAGCCCUGUGGCGGUGCAGGGUACCAAAGUCAACCUGAUCUACUCUCGAGACCAUUCGGUUGAGGAAGGUCUCAAGUACAUGAGCUCCUGGAAUAUGGCCAUGCUGCAAACGGAUGACAUCAUGAAGUCUGUCCAGGCCGCAAUGGAGAAGAAAGAUCUCAAGAGUGUCACCUUCUCCAAACUCUGAGAGCGCUCCUUCCAGGGCAGGCCCGGGUUCUGGCCAUGCCCCCACCUGGGGAUCUGUGUUCUCUCCUGCAGAGAGAUGGAGGAUUAGUGAAGCUGUUUGCCUCAGUGCCUUCUCCCUCAAUCUCCUGGUUUCUAACCCAGUGAUAAGGAUUUCCUUCUGCCCAUGGCUGUAUCUUGGGCCCGUGAAUAAAGCAAUCUAAAGAA